CUGCUGACCACCCCACACUCUACAGAGCCACUAGACUUCAUCAGUUCGAGCAACUAUGUCGCAGUCCUUCGGAGGAGGGUCAUUUCGCCCGUGUCCUCUCUGAUACCCGGAGGUGCCAAGUCGGAUUCCGGUCCCAAUGGCAUGACCUCAGCGAGGCGAUAGAAAAGGCCGAUCAAUACCCUCUCUCGCCGUCCCUCAGAUUUCCACACCCAUAGCCCGAUCUUGCUUGCUAUACACAUCUCACAUCAUGGCCCCCGCUCGCAUCGAUACGCCUGAGGCUACUCCGGUUGCGCCGACCAAGCUCCAAUCGAGCCAGACGCAGGCGACCCAGUAUGGUGACUUCCGCGACGAAUUCUUCCGCAACGGCUACGCCGUCAUCAAAGGCGCCCUGACGCCGGAGCGCGCGAAGGAAUACCAGAGCCGGGCGCUGGACUGGCUGGAGUCGUUCGGCCUGGGCUUCGACCGCAACGACAAAUCCACCUGGAAGAAAGAGAAUUUGCCCCAGAGCUGGAAGGGCGGGAUGUACCUUCACUUCUCAGCCGCGCACGAGAAGUACGUCUGGGACGUUCGUUGCGAACCCGGGGUAAUCGCCCCAUUUGCCAAACUCUGGGAGACGGACGAGCUGGUCGUCUCCUUCGACACAGUGAACAUCACGCUCCCGCAGUCCAUCGUGGGCGAGUACGACUCCAAGCCGUGGCCGCACGUGGACCAAGCCCCUGAAAGGUCGGGCAUGCAGUGCGUGCAGGGGAUCGUAAAUUUGUCUCACGCGGGCCCUGCGGAUGGCGGGCUGGUCGUGAUGAAGGGGUCAGCACCACUGUUCGACGACUUCUUUGAGGAGAACCCGGUGACGGGGCCGACGCCGUGGCGCACGGCCAAGCACAAGGACUUCCACCCCUUCUCCGAGGAGAACUUGGCGUGGUACCGCGCGCGCGGCUGCGAGCUGGUCAAGGUGUGCGCCGAGCCCGGCGACCUCAUCAUCUGGGACUCGCGGCAGGUCCACUGGGCGCAGUUCGGCGAGUCGGAGGUCGUGCGCACCAUCGUGUAUGCGACUUACACGCCCGCGGCGUGGAUGUCCGCCGAGGACCGUCGCAAGAAGACCGAGCUGUUCGAGCACUACGAGACCACCACCCAUUGGCCCCAUACCAAUCUGUAUACCCACGGCAAGGCGACGGUCACGGUGGAUGGGGAGGAGCAGGUUGAUCCAUUGGAGAGGGAUGAGCCCCUCACCAAGCCGGUGCGGACGGAGCAGUUGUUGAAGUUGGCGGGGGUGGUUCCUUAUUAGAUUUUGUGUGUUUUUUUUUUUUU